CAUUGGAAAAUAAAAGACAACUUCCUAAUAUAAAUUAUUAACGCUAAUAGUGGCCAGAUCAUUACCGCCAAAUCAUUACCUCUAAUAAUACAAAUUAUUACCACUAAUAUCUCUUUGUUAUCAAUCUAACAAUCACUUGAAUUCGAUGAUCACAGUGAUUUAGUACCAAAUGAGGAGGAGCAUAAUCGGAUUAAUAUUUGAUCUCGUUCCUUAUCAUUCGGAGGAUGUUUAAUUGGAAGGACGAAUUCGCUGAUGCGAUCGCUGCGUUGGAGGUGGUUAUAUCUCGUGAUUGAGGGGUUAGCAACAAAAAUUAACAUUGGGAACAAGAGGGUUCUUGAGGAAAUACAACGAGGAAUACAAGUUUUGCGAAGAGUGCGGAUGGGAAGAAGAGGUGGUGAAGUCCGACGGAGCUCGGAACAUUCUCCGAAGGAAAGUUGGGAUACUGCUAUGAUCUUUCAAAAGAAAACAUACAAGAAUCAUCCCACUUUCGAUAAAAAAACAAGAAUCAUCCCACUAAUCACAAAAAUGACUAUCGAUCAUCAUCCCACUAAUCAAAAUAAUAAUCAUCCCAUUAAUCACAAAAACAAAUAAUCAUCCUAGUAAUCACAAAAAUCAUCAUCACAGUAAUCAUAACCCUCUUUUAUCCAAUAAUACUAUAAAAUCAAUCACCAAAACACAUAAUCUUCAGAAUCAUAGUUAACUAUCAGUCCAAUCACAAAUCGAUCAAGUUAUCAUAACUAAUACUAAUGGUAACACUCCAUCAUUUUAAUCUUAAUCCAAUAAUGGUGUCGAUCAAUCUUGAAACAGUGAAGAACUCUCGAUCAUCUCAUCAAUCAAUCAAAGAUUAAAAAUCAUAAAAUAAUAUUGAUCAACGAUGUAUCUAGACACUUAAUAUUCGUUUCUGGGUAAAGAAGGCAGGAGGUAUCACAACGUAGCCUCCUGGCGCAUGUAUCUCAGCCAGUAGAUUGAGAUUCUCCUUUGUGUCUUGCAUACGGCCACGUCGGCCAGUAACAUCAUAGUAUCUCUUUGAAAUUAAGAUUCUGGCAUCGAUCGAUACAAAAAAACAUAUCGACGUUUUUUUUUUAAACAUCAACAUGCAAUGCGAUGCAUUGAAAAAUAAAAGACAAAUUCUAAUGCAAAUUAGUAGUCAAAUCAUUACCGCCAAAUCAUUCCGCUAAUAAAACAAAUUAUUACCGCUAAUAUCUCUUUGUCAUCAAUCUAACAGUCACUCGAAUUCGAUGAUCACAAUGAUUUAAUACCCGAUGAAGAGGAUCAUAAUCGGAUUGGUACUCGAUCUCGUUUCUUAUGAUUCAAAGGAUGUUUAAUCGAAAUGACGAAUUCACUGAUGUGAUCGCUGCGUUGGAGGUGGUGUGAUAUCUCAUGAUUGAGGGAUUGACAACAAAAAUUAACAUGGGGAACAAGAUGGUUCUUGAGAAAAUACAAUAAGAAAUACGAGUUUUGUGAAGAGUGCGGAUGAGAAGAGUCAUGGAGAUUUUCAUGUUUGUCGUCGAUGUUAAGGUAUGGAGUUUUCUGGUAUGAAAUCGAACUGAACUAAACCAAAAUUGAACUGAAUCGAAAUAGCUAAACCGAUCGACCAAGGAAUUUUAGAUACCAAUUAGUCGCAUGCUAGUAGAGGGUUUUUAAUGCGAAUGCAAACAACUAAUAAUGGGCUUCCGUUAUAAAUAUGGUUAAUUAAAAUUUUGAUAUUACUGUUCUAAUUAAAUGCAUUAAUUAUUUAAUUAACCAAAUCAACAGAAAAUUAACAGAAACGGAAGGAAAAACAAGCUUUGAGGACGAAGAAGACGAACCCUUGAACAUUCGAGUCUUUGCGCAAUUCCGAUUUCCGAAUCGGAUCCUUAUAAUUUCUCGUCGAAGACCUGAUUAUAACGUUGCUAUUGAUCGCUCUUAAUUUUCCUCCCUUUGUUGCGAUGCAUUGAGGAGGAGGAGGCGAUAAAAGAUGAUGUUUUGCAGAAACGUCUGCGUGAGACGGAAGAAGAAGAAGAAUCCUGGAUCGGUGCCUGUUUAUCUCAAUGUUUACGAUCUCACCCCUAUGAAUGUUUACGGUUAUUGGCUCGGAAUCGGAAUCUAUCACUCUGGUCUUGAAGUUCAUGGGGUUGAAUAUGGAUACGGGGCACACGAGCAUUCAAGCACAGGAAUCUUCAAAGUGGAGCCAAAGAAGUGUCCUGGCUUCACAUUCAGGAAAUCGAUCCUGGUGGGUGAGACAGAGAUGAAGGCGAAAGAAAUUGGAAGCUUUAUGGAGGAGCUAUCAGAUGAGUACCAGGGGAGCAAGUACCACCUCAUCACAAGGAACUGUAAUCAUUUCUGUAACGAUGUUUGUUUAAAACUAACUCAAAAGUCAAUCCCUAGUUGGGUCAACCGUCUUGCUCGCUUAGGUUUCCUCUGCAAUUGUGUGUUACCGGCUAGCUUGAACGAGAUGAAGGUGAAGCAGGUAGGUAAAGACGGGAAGCUCUUGGAAGUAGGAGAAAGUAAGAAGAAUAAAAAGAAGAAGAAGCAAAAGAAGGCGAGAAGCAGAUCGGGUCCUUUAGCUUCUUCAUCUGAUUCAAGGCUAGAUAAUAAUAAGCCUUCGCAUGCCAGAUCAAUAUCAACCGGUAAUCCUCCUUGUUCUGCUUCUUUUUGUCCUUUGAAGUAACAAAAGAGAUCCAGUUCCCUUCUGUUGCAUCUGGAGCUCAAGAUUAGAUAACCCCAAAGACAUGAUUCUUUGUCAUUGUGUGAAAAGCUAAUUAUAUAUAUAUUUGUAUAUGAAGUGAGGGUCCUUGUAUUUUAUUCACAAGUGUUAAUAACGCUUUUGGGUUGGUGUAUUAUUGUUAUAAGGAGAAUCAUCAAAAUCUGCAAAAAAGAGUGUGUGAAUUCGACUUUCCUCUUGUAUGUUUUGGAUGUAAUUUUUUUGAAUAUUUGUACAAAUUACUUUUCUGAAUGUUAUCAUCAUAUUCAAUUAAAAUAAGUUUUUCUUGUUGGUCUUUCUUUUAGAUAUGUUGGUCCUCUGUAAUUUUGAGACAGUACAAGAGUUGCUCUCAAGUCCUAAAGAUUGUACUUAAAAUCGCAGGAGUCUGUGUAUGAUGUGGAAGUGUUCUCUGACCAAUCAGAUAUCUCUGUCACUUUCUUCGCUAAAGUUCAGGUUACUCUGAUUAAAACACCUGAAACAACCCAUGAAAGUACAUACGUACCUUGGAAUAAGCCAGGAAAGUCGAUAACAUGUUUUAGUACGUUACUGAAAUAGUAAAGUUCUUUUUUAACAUUUUACCAAAAAGAAAAAGGAAAGAAAAAGUAAAGUUCUUUUCUACAAAACAAAAGAGAGUUGGAAGUUUUAGUUGGGCCUUAACUAACCCUAAGGGCUUUGCUGUUUCAGAAUCACAUAAGACCCUCCUAUAAAUAGCUUUCAAGGUACAAUCCUCUUUCCCCCAAGCUACAACAAAAACCCUAAUCCGCCGUUUACCUAAAAACUCUCGUUCAUUAGGUUUGGUUUAGACUAGGAUUCGUUGUGAUAAUAUUCGUUUGUAUGCUUCUUAGUCCUUAUGCUCUGUUAUUGGUUACUUCUCAUAAUUGAGCUUAGAUGUUUUUUUUUUUCCUUUUUGGUUUGAAGCGUUGCAGAAAUCCCUGUGAUGAUUAUUAUGAUUAAAAAUGUUAAAAGUAGUGACUGAUAUCUUCUUGAUUAAAAACUAUCAGCUCUGAGGGAUUUCUCAACUGCUUCUUUGUUUUAUUUCAUAUGGUUAUCAUUGAGUUUUUGUUUGCUUGAUAUUCAUUUGUGGCCUUAGCUGGAUCCCAGUGACGAUGAAUAAAUAAAAAAUGUUAAAAGUAGUGACUGAUUAAAACCAUGACGAAUAAUCAAAUUCUGAGGGAUCCAAUCCAGCUAUUGUUUUCAUCUUUUUAUGAUAGCAAGAAUGUUGUUCGGUAGGUGUAGUUAUUAAGAUAAGCUUUAUGUGCUGAUGUUCAUAGUGAUGAGUUAUGAUUAUUUGUUUCCUCGAGUUUCAUAAUGAUUUACUGAUUGCUGUUUCUUUAAUCAGUUGUUUGUCAUCUAUUUCAGUUUCCAUUUGUUUUCAAUCUGUUGACCGCAUUGUUAUUAUUAAUUUUUUCCAACAUUAAGUAUUUUCUCUGUUCUGGCCUGCGACAAAUGAAAAUCUGGACUCCACUGGUGUGUAUUUUUAAGCUUCAGUUGUGUCAACACAGUCUGUUAUGGAAGACCAGACCAAGGACUCGGUUGCAUGGCUUGAUCAGAGGAAAGGGUCUGUGCAGAGUCGAGUCCUUAUUGUAGUCACUCGCCCAAUAAAAAUUCUGUUUAAAUACAUUCUUAGUCGUAUGGUUGUAGUAUUGAUCCGAGUGUCGUAUUUAAACGAUGGUUUCCUGUAAUAUUAAGCACUGUAACUACGAGAAAGUAAAUGUACCUUGAACUCGAGAUAAACAUGAAACCAUUCCUAAAUAAUUGCCUUGAAUAAUUGCAACGAAACUAUAUGACAGGAGACAUCUUACCCAUGAACCAAAUUUUUUAAACAAUGUAUAAACAAUAGUACUAUUUUAUCUGCAGCAGUUCUAAAGAAAUGUGACUAUCUGAAUUAUAUAGGGUAGAAAUUCUACUUUCACAGACAUGCCUACAGUCCUGCACAUUGAUGGUAUAUAUAUAUAUAUAUAUCAAAAUCACUAUUAUCAUGAUAACAGCUAAAUAAUAGAAUGGGCACAAAGAAGAGACUAACUCACAGUGAUGAAUUUCUGUCUGCAUAUUAGAAGAGGAUGCGAUGACGAUGAUGACAACAUGGAUUUUCGUUGUGAAGUAUUGAAGUGUGGUUUGUUCAAAAAAAGUAUUGAAGUGUGAUAGUUUCUAGAUAUAUUAUGCCACAAACUAAAAAGUAAACUACAUAUGAAACGGGCCUUUAGGGCUUCGUUUUUGCUCGACUACAUAAUGGGCCUUGAUCCGAAAGAAAGUUCGUUUUGAAAACUUUCAUAUGGUAAGCCCAGCCUUUUUUACUUGACUAGGGUUUCCUCUUACUAUAAGUCAAGAAAAGGUUGGUCGCCACUUCUUCUCGUUUAGCUUCGCUCCUCCCCAGCUGCAUAACUCACGACUUCAAGAUGCCGUCCCACAAGUCGUUUAUGAUAAAGAAGAAGCUGGCCAAGAAGAUGAGGCAAAACAGGCCUAUUCCCCACUGGAUUCGUCUUCGUACCGACAACACUAUCAGGUACAAUGCCAAGCGCAGGCACUGGCGCAGAACCAAGCUCGGAUUCUAAGUGAAAGCUCGAGACUGUUUGUCUUCUGUUCGAUUUAGCAUUUCUCUUGUUUUUUGUUAUAAAACAUUUUCACAUGUCUGUAAGACUUUUGAUGUUACCAGAUUUUAUCUUUAUAAGGGCUACGUAUUAGCGCUUCCAGUUA